GGUGAGCAAGGACAAAAGUCGGCGGAAGCUGCGACAUGCAAAUCUCAUUAGCACCAAUUAACUAAAACCGGGAAAACUCAGGUGGGCUGGGGUGCUUGCCUGAAUUGGCAGAUCACCCUGGUUAUUUCAAAAUGCAAUUAAAGUGUUCGAAAAUACUAAUUACAUCCAUGCACUGCACUUAUCUUCAGUUAAAAUAGCUCAACGACUGUUUUUGUCAGACACGUUUGGCCUGGUAUUCGACUUCUCUGUAAGCAAUCUAAUGACACAUAUUGUGGCUGCAACCUUUCUUACAAUUACUGGAUUUGCAGUCACUUCAUUUCUGGGAACUGCGGUCGUUCUCUUUCCCACACAAUACUUUAUUUACAACCUGUUCAAGCUGCCACUUAGACUUGUUUAUUGUGAAAAUAUAUACAUUUUUAAUCAAAAACUAAAUUAAAAACGAAAAAAUAACUUUUGUAAAAUCUGUGUUAACUCCCAUUUGGAAAAUCCUAAUAAACGCCAGAUGUCAAAAUAUGUGACAGUCCCCACCAUAUGCUUCGUAAGCAUCCAGGAGUCUUUUAAGUAGUUUUCAAAAUUUCCAUUGACACUCUUACGCCGACAUCCCCGACUGUAUAUCCUUAUUGUGAUGACGGAGGAGGCCGCCGACUUCGAGACGGCCAUCGCGGAGUGUGGCUUCGGGCUGUUCAACGUGUUCAUCGUGUGCAGCGCGGCGCCCUGCCUCACGGCGAUGGUCUUCUCGGCCUCGGCGCUGUCCUAUGUGUUGCCCUCGGCCGAAUGCGACCUCGAUCUCAGCAUCGUGGACAAGGGAAUGCUGCACGCGGUGACGUACGCGGGGAUGAUCAUCUCGGCGGUGCCCUGGGGAUUUAUUGCGGACACCGUGGGGCGUAAACCUGUGCUCAUUUUUGGCGGCUUGAUCGACGGCUUUUUUGUCUUGUGCACUUCCUUCAGCCAGAACACAGCCCAGCUAAUGGCCUUCAAGUUCUUUGACGGCUUUAUCAUCUGUGGUCCAUUUGCGGUGGUGGUCAGCUACCUGGCCGAGUUCCAUGGCAAGAAGCACCGGCCGUAUAUCAUGCUGUUCGUGGGCCUCUGCGUUUCCGUUGGAUCGAUGAUUUUACCCCUGCUGGCCUACGCUUUGCUGCCUGUGCCCAUAUUCUUCGAGGUGGGAACUCUGGAGUUUCGCACUUGGCAGGUCUUCUUGGCGGUCAGCUCGGUGCCCAGUCUGCUAUGCGGCUUCCUGCACAUUUUCCUGCCCGAGAGCCCCAAGUUCCUUAUGGCUCAGGGGAACUACAAGAAAGCCUUGGUGUCCCUGCAGCGCAUCUAUCAGGUGAACAAGCGCAAGAGUAAGGAGAGCUAUCCGGUAAAACGUCUCACCGAUCCAACGCCCGAUCGCUCCGCUGAUCUUGAUGGAACUGGUCGGUCAUUUACACACAAGGAAAGAUUUGUGCGCGCCAAGAACAAGUUUAUCGAGGGCCUCGGACAGCUAAAGCCGAUGUUUUCAAAGCCCUAUUUGACCAUCUCGUUGCUGGUUUACUGCCUGCACUUCUGCCAGAUAAUGUGUGUCAACUCGGUGCGUCUGUGGCUGCCGCAGAUCUUUGCCACAAUGAAUGCAAUGGAGUCUCUGGGGGCAAACGACACGAGCAUGUGCGGGGUUCUGGAUCACAAUGCGAUGGCAAAGUCCAUGGACGCGGAGGCCAAGCGGGUGGAGUGCGCUCUAAACCACGACCCUCAAAGCUACUUGGAUAACAUAAUCGUGUCGGGUAUUGGCCUGGUCGGCUUCCUCAUAAUUUUUCCACUGUUGCGUAUCCGAUUUGUCGCGGACCACAUACUAACCUGUACUUUGUGAAGACUUCGCUGGGGACGAUGAUAGUGUCCGCCGUUUACCUGACUCUAAUGGGCAUAUGUGCCACCACAAUUAUUGGA